GACGGCGCAUGCGCAGCCUCGGAACUGCGUGUACGGAGUGAUCCCGAGCGCGGGGGCCGCUGGGAAGAUGGCGAGCGUGGGCCUGGCCGCUUGGCGGUCUUGUUUCAUUGGAGGCCAGGCAACCGCUUCUUUUGGCCACUACCAUAACCUCAGCGCACCAACACUGAAGUCCCAGCGGGUGCCCUGGAGGUUCCCAGUUUGCAGACAAAAGACAUCAUUCUCUUUCCUUAAUCGACCAGAUCUUCCAAAACUGGCUUAUAAGAGGCUAAACGGCAAAAGUCCAGGAGUUAUCUUCAUCCCUGGCUACAUCUCUAACAUGAAUGGUACAAAAGCACUGGCGAUUGAGGAAUUUUGCAAAUCUCUAGGGCAUGCCUAUAUAAGGUUUGAUUACUCAGGAGUUGGAAAUUCAGAGGGUAACUUAGAAGAAUGCACGGUGGGGAAAUGGAGAAAAGAUAUUCUUUCUAUAAUUGAUGAUAUAGCUGUAGGACCACAGAUACUGGUUGGAUCUAGCCUUGGCGGGUGGCUUAUGCUUCAUGCUGCAAUUGCACGACCAGAAAAGGUCAUGGCUCUUGUUGGUGUAGCUACAGCUGCAGAUACCCUAGUGACCCGGUUUAAUCAGCUUCCUGUUGAGGUAAAAAAAGAAGCAGAGCUGAAAGGCACGUGGACCCUGCCGUCAAAGUACCACGAAGACGGAGUUCACCACAUUCGGUACAGUUUCAUCCAGGAAGCGGCGCACCACUGCCUGUUGCACAGCCCCAUCCCUGUGAACUGCCCUGUGAGACUGCUGCACGGCCUGAAGGAUGACGUCGUCCCUUGGCACACGUCCAUGCAGGUGGCUGACCGAGUGCUCAGCACAGACGUGGAUGUCAUCCUGCGGAAAGACAGUGACCACCGAAUGAAGGAAAAGGCGGACUUACAGCUUCUUACUUACACUAUCGACGAUUUAAUCGAUAAGCUUUCAACUAUAGUUAACUAGAAUCAUGUUACUUGGUAUGUAAACUGACAUAUCCAAAAGAUUGAAAAAAAUAGCAAAUCCAAGAUCCUGAUUCUUUAGGCUUUUCCCUGCUACCUCUGUUUGUAAAUAUCGAAUGAGUAUUUAUUUAAUGAUGGCUCUGCACAAAUAAUAUGAAUUAUGACAAAAGUACUGGCUGCUGUUUUGACAGUUUUCUCCUUCCUACAAUCUUUAAUUUUUUUUUCAUUAAAAUAAUUCCUAUAUUUCAUUCAAGAGAUGUUUACCUUUCUUAUGAAUAUGUUAGCUGGCCCACCUCUUACAUUCCUGCCUACUUACCAUCAUUAAUAAAGUUUGAGUAUUUUGGG